CUUCUCUUUGUGUUCCAGCCUGAAAGAAUAGACCCAAGUGCAUCGCGGCAAGGAUAUGAUGUCCGCUCUGACGUCUGGAGUUUAGGGAUCACAUUGUACGAAUUGGCCACCGGCCGGUUUCCAUAUCCAAAGUGGAAUAGUGUAUUUGAUCAACUGACACAAGUCGUAAAAGGAGAUCCCCCACAGCUGAGUAAUUCUGAGGAAAGAGAGUUCUCUCCGAGUUUCAUUAACUUUGUCAACUUGUGCCUUACAAAGGAUGAAUCCAAAAGGCCAAAGUAUAAAGAACUUCUGAAACAUCCCUUUAUUUUGAUGUAUGAAGAACGUACCGUUGAGGUCGCAUGCUACGUCUGUAAAAUCCUGGAUCAAAUGCCAGCUACUCCCAGCUCCCCCAUGUAUGUCGACUGAUACCGCUGCUCCAUCAGACUCUAGACAAAAGGGCUGAGAGGAAACAAGACGUAAAGAAUCUUCAUCCCGUAUCACAGUGUUUUUUAUUGCUCGCCCAGACACCAUGUGCAAUAAGAUUGGUGUUCGCUUCCAUCAUGUCUGUAUACUCCUGUCACCUAGAACGUGCUUCCCUGUCAUACCCAAUGGAUCACACGCAGUGUUAGUGCCGGUCAGAAACACCUCAUCCUGCUCUUUCGUGAUAAACAUGUUCAUGAAAUGUGCAAGUCUUGGACCGUGAUUAGAGCACAUCUUAAAAAUCCAUUUCUAGACUCAAAACCCGGUGACACAGCUUACUAGAAUGGUAUUUUUUGGUCAGAUUCCCAAAUGUCGGAGGAACGCAGUGAUUGAUGGGUGUUACUGUUUCUGAACAGAGAGACUCAUGGCUUGAGUGAGAAGAGCUUCAACAGCCGACAAGACGCAUUGCCUUCUGGAGCUGGGAGACCAAGGAGGAAUUUACUUUCUUCACCAAGUGCAAUAGAUUUUACUGAUUUGAUAUUCUGUUGCUUUACAGUCACAGUCGAUGUCUGGGGAUCGGUGCGCUCAGCCAAAUUUCUCGGUUUGAAAUCUCAUGUUAAAUUUAGAAUGAAUUUCUCUUUACCAAAAAAUAAAAAACAAAACCAUGUUGCGUUCAAAGAGGUGACCAUUAAAAUACUGAGACAGGACAGAAUGUGUUCUUUUCUCCUUCACCAGUCCUGCUCUGCGUCGGGAAGACUCAGGAGUCUGCCACUUGUUUAAGAAGGUGCUGAUCCUAAGAAAUUUUCAUUCUCAGAAUUUGGUGUGCUGCCAACCAGAUGUUCCACCUGCCACAUACCACCAGGACUGAAUGGAGACAAACAGCAUACAGAGGGCAAAGUUUACAGAUGUUUUUAAUUCUAGUAUCUUAUCUGGAACGACUUGUAGCAGCUCUAUAUUUCCCUAGGAGCAACGUGCCUUGACUGAUUAGAUAAAGAUCCCUUUGUAGGCAGCAAAAGACCAAAUCUCAUUUCUUUGUCGGCACCGGUCCAGGUCUUUAGUUUCUUAAUCUCCAUUCUGACCCACGAGGUUAUUGCCGUUACGUGACCUUUCCGUAGUCCGAUUAUUUUGCCUUCCCCGCAUAUAAAAAUCCUUUUAUCGUUACCAGGGAUGUUCUUAACCAAGGAUUUUUAGCCCCCCAAAUCUCCGUUAUGCUGUAAUGUUUUAACUGGCUGAGAUAGGUAUGCCCCAGCUGACAUGAUGGAUUGAUUGAGAAGCAGGUUUUUUUUUUUUUUCUCUUUCCUAGAGACACAUUUGAUUAAAUGAGAAUUGGAGAUGACAGUCUCAGCUCAUCUAAAAGACUAUCAUCUCGAAUUCUCAUCUUGAGCAGGUCAUCAUUUAUUUCUUAGAAUUGGAAUUCUACAGGGGGACAAAAAAGAAACCCAAAUCUUAGACGAUGUACCAUCUCUGUGCUGUGUUUCCCCACUGACGCGUUAGUCAAAUUCUCUGGCCUCCCUGACCCUGUCCAUUCGCCUUUGUAAAACAGUCGUCAGCACUCUUAGUAGUGCGAAUACGCUGGAAUAUAAAAAGCAGCCAUGAUCUACAGCGCAGAUGAUGCCAUCAGAGAACUAAAAGGGUGACAGCUAUUGCUGUGUCCCUCUAUCCCCACCUCCCCCACCCCAGAGGGACAGUCAUAAAUAUCGUAAUAACUAAGGAAGAAAUGGUUCUGUUUCAAGUUGUAUCCCUGAAAGUUUUGGGAUUCAAAACUGAUUUAUCGCUUUGUUCCUCUGCCUGACUCUCCCAUUUUCUCCCCCCUAUGCCAUUCUAAACCGUAGACUUCCCAGCACUGUAAAAGGGAAGCAUUGCUGUCCAUCUUCCUUCAACGUCACCAAGCCAUCCCCCCCCCCCCGCCCCCACACACACACACCCACCCUGGGGACUCAGAAGGAGUUUGUUGCUCUGCUAUCAUUUUCUCAUCUGACUCAGCAUAGGGCCAUUUUUAUCACUAUGUAAGUGGAGAUAAAAAGCAAUUCUGACUGUCCAGGAUCUAAUAUGACCAUUUUAUUGUGUGGAAUAUGCCACCUGAAAAGGCAAUUUUAGUGUAUUAAUCAUAGAUUAUUAUAAACUAUAAACUUAAGGGCAAUGAGUUUAUUACAUUGUAUCUUUAUGAAAACAAAAGGGUGUGUAGUGUUCACCAACUGUGAAAAUAGUGUAAGAACUGUACAUUGUGAGCUCUGGUUAUUUUUCUCUUGUACCAUAGAAAAAUGUAUAAAAAAAUAUCACAAAGCUAAUGUGCAAGGAUAUUGCCUUAUUUGUCUGUAAAAAAAAAAAAAAGUGGAGCUCAGUAACAUAACUGCUUCUUGGAGCUUUGGAAUAUUUUAUCCUGUAUUCUUGUUUGAAUUCUUUCUCUAUUUAAGAUAUAUACAUGGAAUCGAAGUGUUUAUGUAAUAGUUCUAUCCUUUUGCCUGCAGGUCAGUUGUAAUAAAUCUAGGAUGUGAUGAUGA